GCGCCGUCUGGGCCUCAACAAGGAAGUUGAAUGAAGGCGCCAAUUUUGUAUCGUAGUUUACUUCGGAAGGAUUUUUCUGUUAUGUGCAGUUAGUGGCGCUUAAACUGCGGCAAUGACUGAAAACACAUUCCCCGUCUGCAAUGCGGAUGCGAUAGUGAACUUUUAUCGAACUGAAGUUUUAACUGGUCAAGAGUCCAAACAUUUCUCUAAGGGCGACCUGACUCCGGCUCCGAAGCGAGAAACUGUUCAGACUUUGUACAUGAGAGUUCUGCAUCUCCUGUACCGCUUCAGGCCCGAGUGCCACUCACUGGUCCCACUUCUGGAGAACAUUCAGUAUCCGGUCUAUCACGAGAGCGCCACGGCCAUCAUGAGUGUGUACACGCGCAUGCGGCAGUUCCUGCCCGUGUGCUUGGUUUAUGAUUUUUCCCUCAACGACCUGCUCGCUCCAAAGAAGCAGAGGACUCUGACCAUUCUGAGCGCCAUCAUGAACUUUCUGCACUUCAGGAAGCAGAGGAUGGAGAUGAUCCUGGAGAAACAGGCCAAAUUUAGAGCGGACAUGGACCGACUGCAGGCUUACAACAAAGCCAAUUUAGAGGCAGAGAAGAAGAUUGAAAUGCUGACGACCAUCCCUCCAGAGCAGCAGGCCGAAGCAGACGAGCUGGCAGCCGCUCUGUCGGAGCUGCAGACCUCCACCAUGCAUGAAUACCAGGACGUGAACGCUAAAAACGACAGCAUUGCAGAGUGGAAAGCCAAGAUCGCAGAGAAAACACAGAAACUGGCUCAGGUAAAAGUGGAUGUCAGCAACCUGAAAGAGGACAUCGGCAAACUCAAGUCUCAGAUUGUGGAGUCUCCAGAGGAGCUGAAGAGCCAGAUGGAGAAGAUGAGGGAGAACGUCAAGAACAUUAAGACUACCAAAGAAGCGACAGACGAGUGCGUGGUGGAGCUUCAGAACAUGGUGCAGGGUGUAACUCAGACCGAGGCCGAGAUCCAGCAGAUGUACAGCCUCCUUCAAGACCUGGAAUGCAGCAUGAACAACAGCAAGCAGCGGCAGGAGGAGGGCCAGGAGCUGAUGGCUCAGUACGAGAAGAAGCAGAAGGAGCUGAAGAACCUGUGCGUGGAGGAGGGCCAGCUGAAGCGAGCGCUGGGCAUGAAGCUGGACAAGGAGUGCAAGCAGAACAUCCGCAGACAGAAGAAGAGAGAGAUGAAGGAGCAGCACGUUCAGGAAGUCUUGGGGCAGUGCAACCAAAUCCACCAGAAGCGCGAGGACAUGGCCGACAAGAUUCAGGAGAUUUCCGGAGAGACGCAGCAGCUGAAGGCCAAGAUCAAGAGCCUGAGAGACGUCUGCAGCGAGGAGACGGAGAAAGCUCAGGCGCUGUACGACACGCUGUCCACCUCCAUGGAUGAGCUGCACAAGAGGAUCGAGAUGCACGUGGCCGACCUGAAGCUGAACGUCACCAGGAUGUCCGCAAACUUCUAGCCUCGUUAGAAACCUGUCUUUCAUCAAAAUAAAAGUGAAUCUUCUUGU